CCGGCCGGACCCUUUCAAUUCAUUGAUUCACGAAUUAAUUAUUUGGUCGCCGCUCGUCUUCUCUUGCUGCUUUCCGGACGAGGCUUCAAGCCGUUGUUUUUGUACAGCUUUGAAGGAGUGUGUCUCUCUUCCCAAUAUACAAGGCCAAGUCUGAUGUUUCAUUGAAAUCGACUGAAUAUUUUAUUCAGAAAUUGGGAUUAGCAUGGAAACUGUGGAUAUUUACUUUACCUGGGCUGUGCGAGGUCAUCAUGCUUGCUUCCUAAUUGGAGUUAUCCUUUUGGUUUUACUUGGAGGAGCUGAAGCGGGUGUGGAAAGCGUAGACAACAGCGAUCUAGCCCACCUGGACGUUGGUCUGACAGACUUUCUGCGUUAUAAAGCAGAUCGUGCCAGGUGUGGUAGUGAUGAGCCCUGCACCCUGCCCCCGGAGGGAAAGUGCUGGGGCUAUGAGAAAAAUUGUGCCGAGACUAAACAGCUAUCCAUGCCAGAAUGCACGGGCUCCCCAGCACCCCAUGCCAGCACCAUGGAAGGCAAGAUUCAGAAAUUCCACGAGCAGGCUGGUUUUGCGUAUGCCAAGCAGUUCUCUAGCUCCAUGGAGACGGUGUGUGAAUCGCAAUCGGAUGGUGAUAGCUCACUGACGUGUUCAAAAGACCUGGCUCAUUGCCGUGCUACCAACCUUUACAUUGACUUUCGCGAGGCCGACUUCAAGAAGCGGCCUGAAGAGCGUCUUGCCACAGCACGCCUUCGGCCAGACUUCAUUGGCAAGAAGAUGCUGGGUGGCAAGUGCCGCUUGACAAAGUCAAAACUUGGACAGCCAAAGUAUUCAAGUCACUUGCAAAGCUGGUGGGCCGAGCUGCAUAACUUCCAUGUCAUGGACGAACAGACGAACACAAAGAACAAGCACUGCGAUGUGGUGGUACAGACACCCGUGAUCUUCAUGAAAAUGGAUGCGAAAGUCAACCUGUACCAUCACUUUUGUGAUUUCGUCAACCUGUACGUAUCGCAGCAUAUCAACGGGUCUUUCUCACGAGAUGUGCAGAUUAUUGAUUGGGACACCUCGGACUAUCCGAACAACGACCUGUUUGAACAAACGUGGGACGCAUUCACCAAGCGCAAAGUGAAGCGCUUGACCGACUACGGCGGCAAACGGGUCUGCUUCAACGAGGUGCUGUUCCCGUUGCUGCCGCGCAUGGUAUUUGGGCUCUUCUACAACAUGCCAGUUGUGCCGGACUGCAGUGGCAGCAGUCUCAUGGAGUCGUUCUCGCACUUCCUUCUCAACCGCCUGGCCGUGCAGCGCUGGCACACCAAGACCGAGCUGGAGGCGCGGCGCGUUCGCGUCACGUUCCUGUCGCGCGGCACCCGCUACCGCAACGUACUGAACGAGGAGGAGAUACUUGGCACGCUCAAGACCGUCGGGCGGUUCUCGGUUCGCCGCGUCCGCUACGAUCGGGACAUGACGUUCCGCGAACAGAUAGAGUCGUCGCACAACAGCGACAUCCUCAUCGGCAUGCACGGCGCCGGCCUCACUCACAUGCUAUUCCUGCCCGAGUGGGCGGGAGUGUUUGAGAUCUACAACACGGAAGAUCCGAACUGCUACAAAGACCUUGCUGCUAUUCGAGGCCUCUACUACCAGACGUGGGAGAAGAAGAAACUUCUCUUCCCGCAGGACGGCGGGCACCAUAAAGUAGACAGUGCCAAGCCCAAAUUCACCGACUAUCGCUUCGACGCGAAAGAGUUCUUGCGACUUGUCGAAAAGCUCGCAGACAGAGUGCAGCAGAAAAGAGACAAACUGCGGCCCAAAGCCAAGCAGCCGCCACCACCAGACGCAAUAAAGACCGAGCUAUAGAGGCCGAAUGACUGAUAACAACUAAUAUAAAAUAAGGCUCUCUUGAUCCAAGCAACCUUUUUUUAAUAAAUUUUAACCAUGGCAUAGUGAGAAAAUGUACUUUGACAUCGUUCUUUGAAAAAAUUCUGAUGCGUAGUGUUCAUGUAGGCCAAAAG